AAAAAAUCAUCUUUUUAACACAGGUCCUGCAUCCCUUCAGUUUUCUCCGCCAUGGAAACCCCCACGCCGCCCACCUCCUCCGGCGACCCUACCUCAACUCCACCACCGCAUCCCACAACGUACGUCCAAGCCGACGCCGCCACUUUCAAGGAACUCGUCCAACGCCUCACCGGACCUCACGACGACCCUUCCUCCUCCUCCCCCAUCCCCAAGCUCUCCGGCGUCCGUCGUCCUGCCUUCAAACUCCACGAACGCCGGCAAGCCUACCGUUCCAAAUUCGCCGUGCUGAAGCCCCUUAUCAGCCCCCGGCCUCCCGCGGCCGAUCUCGGGUUCUCCUCCCCCGGCCGCGUUAGCCCGCUCGUCUCGCCGUCCACGCAAUUGUCUGUUCUUUCCAUAUCUGAGGGAUGUGUUUUGCCGCCGCCGCCAGUGGAAGCAGACAAUGGUGGCGGGAGAGCGGCGACAGCGACGACAACACCGGAGCUGAACGAGGAGGAAGAGGAGAAGGCGAUUAGAGAGAGGAGGUUUUAUCUACAUCCGUCGCCUCGGUCUGGAUUGAGAAGCGCUGAACCGGAGCUGCUGGCGUUAUUCCCACUUACGUCGCCAAGGGCAGAGUGAUCAUGUGCCUAAUAACAGAGUGUCACGUGACAAUUCGGGCAAGAGUGACGACGU